AUGCAGCCCUCUAAAACUACCCAGCAGGGUCCCCUGGACAGGGAGGUCAGAUUCGCCCUUGUCUCUGAUCUGGACUGGACUAUGGUCGAUCACAACGAUCACACGCACGACAAGCUCCUCCGCCUGAACCAUGUUUGGAAUACGGAUCUCUCCCAUGACUCCCUGCUCGUGUACUCCACGGGCAGAUCCCCCCAUCUGUAUGAGGAGCUGGCGGCCGAGGUCCCUCUUCUGGUCCCUGACAUCCUGGUGUGCUCUGUUGGCACCGAGAUCCUGUUCCAGGGUGUGCCGCACAAGCCGUGGUCUGAUUUCCUGGACAGGGGAUGGGACCGCGAGAAAACUCUGGAGAUUGCACAGGCCGAGCCUGCCCUUACUCUUCAGGAUGCCAGCGAGCAGCGGCCGCACAAGAUCAGCUUCAAGGUCUCCUCCGGCUCAGAUGCGGUGGUCCAGGAGCUCACUGCCAAGCUGAAGCAGGCAGGGCUUGAGGUGAACGUCAUCUACUCUGCAGGCGUCGACCUCGACCUCCUCCCGGCAGCCGCCAGCAAGGGCAAGGCCCUGGCUUUUCUCCUAGAGGAGAUGGACGGGGGCGCUGGGCGGCCGCGCGAUGGCGUGCUGGUGGCGGGGGACUCCGGCAACGACAUCGAGCUGUUUGCCGUUGCCGGCGUGCAUGGGUGCAUGGUGGCUAACGCCCACCCGGAGCUCAGGGCCUGGUGCGACGCCCAUGCGUCGAGCACCCUCUUUCAGGCCUCGGAGGACGGCCCCGGCGGCAUCUUCCAGGCCCUGGAGCACUUUGAGUUCGUCGAGCACGCCGAGCCACGCCCCGCGGGCGUGGCCGUCCGGCGUGCGGUGGUGGGCAUGACCACCGCCGCCGCCGAGCUGUUCUGCGGGAUCGCCCCCCAGCCCCUGACCGACACGGUCGCGCGGCUGGGAGAGUUUCUGUCGGACGGCUUCUUCUACAAGCAUGAGGGGGUGGAGUGCGGGAAGCAGGAGUACCUGGACUACCUUGGGGGGCCGGGGUACGGCGGCAUGGCCCAGGUGGCUGCCGGGCGCGGCGAGUGGCGGGAGUGGCUGGGCGCAAUCGUGGUCCGGGAGGGGGUGGCCAACACCUGGAAGGUGGAGGCGGUGGAGCGAGUCCAGCCCUUCAAAGCCGGUGAUCACACGGGCGAUGUGCGGAGGACAUACCGCGUGUGCAUGGAACUGCAGGAGGCCGAGCCUGGGCGGUGGCUGGUCAGCCGCCAGGUGUACGAGACCCUGAAGCCGGGGGAGGCAUACAACUCGGUGCCCGCCGCCUGA